UUCAAAGGCUUCUAGUCACAAAAAUGUUUACUUUUUUAAGCGUUUGUCCACCUCCAGGUUCUCCUCCAAUUUCUCUCUGUUCUCGUUCGGAAAUUUGUGUAGAUAAUCCAUUAGCUGCUGCUAAUUCCCCCUCUUCUUCCCCAAAUACAUCCAAAGCUAUUUCUUCUGUUAACAAAUUUUCUCCCCCCUUUUUAUUUAUUUGUUGUUGUUCCCCCAAAAUUGUUGAUUGCAUUGCUAAAAGUUCAACCAUUGUAGAGGCAAAUAAAAUACAUCCAAAUAAUAAUAAAAGCCAUAAAGGGAUAUGA